CCGCGGGCACAGGAGCUGGCGGCUACCGCGACGCCGAGCUGAGCCCCGAACCGCCGCCGCACCUGCCGCUCGCGGGCGCCCGCCUCCCUUCUCUUAGGGGCACUUCCACCGGGUUCCGGCCAGGGUCCCUCCGGGCAGGAUUGGUGAGCAGGCGGGGACAGAGGUCCGCCGAGGGGACCGCGGACGGGGGGCGCUCCCUGCGCAGACCCGAGCAGCAACAGGCGUCCCCCAGUCCUGGUCUCUCCCUCACCUACCCCCAGUGGCCCUCGCCGGCCCUUGCGGGGGCCCCGCCCCAUCCCCACUCCGCCCCCGCUCCGCCCCCGCGGGGACAGGGCGCCGAGACCUGCCAGGAGGCUCCGCGCGGGCCGCUCCCCGAGGGGCCGCGCGGAUUCCGCCCGCCCCGCUCCUACCCUUAGACGGCCGCUCCGGCUCCCAGAGGGCGCGCAGCUGGGGCCGGCGGCCAGGGGCGAGCGGACGGGCUGCGGCGCUCCGUGCGGGGUGGCGCGGGAGGGUCGGGAGGCGGCGGGCCGGCUGCUCUGGGCGUGGGUCGGCCUGGUGGAUCCAGCCCGGGCGGAGCCGGGAGCCGCGGCGUGGAGGCCGAGGCGCUCGCAGCGAUGGGCCGGGGGUCUCCGAGAGCUCGAGGGUCGCGGGCGUGGCUGCUGGUGCUGCUGCUCCUGAGGCUACCUUUGCCGGUGCGGGGGGCCGAGGCGUUUCAAGGAAAACACUCCGGAGAGCCAGUCACCCUGCACUGGGUCCUGGAUGGAAGAGCCCGGCGCGCAGGCACCCUGGAGGAGCCGGUCUCGAAGCUAGACACGGCACUGGUGGCCUUGAAGGCUGCAGGGCAGGAGCUUCUGCUGGAGCUGGAGAAGAACCAGCUGCUGGUCCCAGGAUACACAGAAACUCACUAUAGCCCAGAUGGGCAGCCCGUGGUGCUGGUCCCCAACUGCACGGACCACUGCCACUACCACGGGCAUGUGAGGGGCUUCCCUGACUCCUGGGUGGUCUUCAGCACCUGCUCUGGGAUGAGGGGCCUGAUCACACUGGGCAGGAAUGCCAGUUAUUAUGUGCAUCCUCGGUCAACUGGGGACUCUGAGGACUUCAUCACUCACAGAAUGUUCCGGAUUGGGCAGCUGCUCAGCUGGAAAGGGGCCUGUGGCCACAGGGAUGCCAGGAACAAAGGGGACAUGGCCAGCCUUUCUCGUGACACUCAGAUCAAGGAGAGGCGGGAGGUCCGCAGGAGCCCGAAGUUCCUGGAGCUGUACAUAGUGGCUGACCACACGCUGUUCUUGACCCAGCACCGGAACUUGAACCACACCAAACAGCGCCUCCUGGAAGUGGCCAACUAUGUGGACCAGAUUCUCAGGACUCUGGACAUUCAGGUGGCCCUGACCGGCCUGGAAGUGUGGACAGAGCAGGACCAGAGCCGCGUCACGCCGGACGCGAACGCCACGCUCUGGGCCUUCCUGCGCUGGCGCCGGGGGCUGUGGGCACGGCGGCCCCACGACUCGGCGCAGCUGCUCACGGGCCGCGCCUUCCAGGGCGCCACCGUGGGCCUGGCGCCCAUCGAGGGCAUGUGUCGCGCCGAGAGCUCGGGCGGCGUGAGCACGGACCACUCAGAGCUCCCCAUUGGCGCGGCGGCCACCAUGGCCCACGAGAUAGGUCACAGCCUUGGCCUCAGUCACGACCCUGACGGCUGCUGCGUGGAGGCGGCGGCCGAGCCCGGCGGCUGCGUCAUGGCCGCGGCCACGGGGCGCCCGUUCCCGCGAGUGUUCAGCGCCUGCAGCCGGCGCCAGCUGCGCGCCUUCUUCCGCAAAGGGGGCGGGGCGUGCCUUUCCAACGCGCCCGACUCCAGGCUCCUCGUGCCCCGGGCGCGCUGCGGCAACGGCCUCGUGGAGGACGGCGAGGACUGUGAUUGCGGCGCCAGCCAGGAGUGCCCGGACGCCUGCUGCCUCGCCCACAACUGCUCGCUGCGUGCGGGGGCCCAGUGCACCCACGGAGACUGCUGCGCGCGCUGCCUGCUGAAGCCAGCUGGCGUGCCGUGCCGCCGAGCCGUGGGCGACUGUGACCUUCCGGAGUUCUGCACGGGCGCCUCCCCUUACUGCCCCCCGGACAUUUACCUACUGGACGGUUCGCCGUGUGCCAGCGGCCGGGGCUACUGCUGGGAUGGCGCGUGUCCUACACUCGAGCAGCAGUGCCAGCAGCUCUGGGGGCCUGGCUCCAGCCCAGCCCCAGAGGCCUGUUUCCAGACCGUGAACUCCGCGGGAGACGCUCACGGGAACUGCGGCGAGGACGGCAAGGGUGGCUUCGUGCCUUGUGCGCAAAGGGAUGCGCAGUGCGGGAAGCUGCAGUGCCUGGGCGGGGAGCCGCGCCCACGCCCACCGCACAUGGUGCCUGUGGACUCCACGGUUGGACUAGGAGGCCAGGAGGUGACCUGCAGGGGAGUCUUCCUGCUGCCCGGGGUCCAGCUGGACGUGCUCAACUUGGGCCUGGUAGAGCCAGGCACCCAGUGUGGACCUAGCAUGGUGUGCCAGGACAGGCGCUGCCGAAACACUACCUUCUGGGAGCUGGAGCAAUGCCUGGCAGCCUGCCAUGGCCAUGGGGUUUGCAACAGUAACCAAAACUGCCACUGCGCUCCAGGCUGGGCUCCGCCUUCCUGCGACAAGCCAGGGUUUGGUGGCAGUGUGGACAGUGGCCCUAUGCAGCCUGAAAGUACCACAAGGCCUCCCUGCUGGCAGUGGUCCUUAGCUUUCUGCUGCCUCUGCUCCCGGGGGCUGGCCUGGCCUGGUGCUGCUGCGGGCAGCCGGGAUCCCAUCUCCAGCAAUGGCUCUGGGGCUCGAGGAGGGAUGCCACAUGCAGUCGGCCCAAAGACGGCCCAAACAGGGACCGCCCCCCCAGCAGUGUUCACCCCCUGGAGUUGGGCCCAGCAGCCACUGGAAAGCCUCGGCGCCUGGAUGGGCCCACCUCCUUUCCAUGGAGCAUCCAGUCACCUCGAGACCCCUGUCCCCACCCUGCCCCAGGGGCUCCUGACUGUGGUCACAAUAUGUGUCCUCCACCCAUUGCUGCAGACCUGGAGAGCUCUGCCAGAGCCCAGGAGCCACCUUGAGAAGCCUCUGCCCUGUGGCGCUGCCUGCAACCCCAAGCAGGUCAAGUCCAAAAGCCAAGAUCCUGUCUCUGGUGAGAGGGAGCUCCCGAGAGGAUACUUACAGACCGUCGACUGCUGACAGCCGCUCCAGGGACUCAGUCUCCCAGGGGCAAAGCCAGAGCCAGACCUCCUGCACUUUGGCAGCCUGCAAGUUUCUCCCCUGAGUUGAGCUUGCCCCAUCCACUCCAGAACCCCAGAGCCUUAUCAGAAGGUGCCCAAUGCUGUCCCCAUUCCUUAGGACUAGGGGAUCCUGUUAGGGUACAUACUCCAGCCCAAGAAUCUAUCAGUUCAAGGAGCAAAGGCUCCGUAGUCACUGGCCUCCUGUCACCAGGGGAGGCUGGGUCAUGAUGGGCAUCAGGACAGGCGUCUGUCCGGGGAGCCUGGGUGUGUCUGCUGCAUGUAGUCUACCCAGACCCAGCUCUGUAGAGACCAGUGACUGCCGGGCCUGAAGCCAGUUCUGGGGGCCCUACAUUUCAGAUGGAGUCCACUUCCCUGGAGCCUGGCCCCAGCAAAAACAAAAAAA